AAGGCGGGUGAGAUCAGCGGCCGAGGCUAUAAAUGCACGGGCCGCCGCCGGGCCCCACAGGAGCAGCCGCCCGGGGCGCGGGAGCUGCGGGCCGCGCGGCCGGGAUGAGCGCCAGCGCCGGUGGCGGCGGCGGGGACAGCGGCGGCGGCAGCAGCAGCAGCUCGCAGGCCUCCUGCGGGCCCGAGUCUUCGGGCUCCGAACUCGCCCCCGCCACACCGGCACCGCGGAUGCUGCAGGGGCUGCUGGGCUCCGAUGACGAGGAGCAGGAGGACCCCAAGGAGUACUGCAAGGGCGGCUACUACCCUGUGAAGAUCGGCGACCUGUUCAAUGGGCGGUACCACGUGGUGCGCAAGCUGGGCUGGGGCCACUUCUCCACCGUCUGGCUCUGCUGGGAUAUCCAGCGCAAGCGCUUCGUGGCCCUGAAAGUGGUGAAGAGCGCGGGGCAUUACACGGAGACCGCCGUGGAUGAGAUCAAGCUCCUGAAAUGUGUCCGGGACAGUGACCCCAGUGACCCCAAAAGAGAGACCAUUGUCCAGCUCAUCGAUGACUUCAGGAUCUCAGGGGUUAACGGAGUCCAUGUGUGCAUGGUGCUGGAAGUCCUGGGCCACCAGCUCCUCAAGUGGAUCAUCAAGUCCAACUACCAAGGCCUGCCCGUGCCCUGCGUCAAGAGCAUCGUGAGGCAGGUGCUGCACGGCCUGGACUACCUCCACACCAAGUGCAAGAUCAUCCACACAGACAUCAAGCCCGAGAACAUCCUGCUGUGUGUGGGCGAUGCCUACAUCAGGCGCCUGGCCACGGAGGCCACAGAGUGGCAGCAGUCAGGGGCCCCGCCCCCAUCCCGCUCCACAGUCAGCACUGCCCCCCAGGAGGUCUUGCCCGGGAAGCUGUCGAAGAACAAGAGGAAGAAGAUGCGGCGCAAGCGGAAACUGCAGAAGCGGCUGCUGGAGGAGCGCCUGCGGGACCUGCAGAGGCUGGAAGCCAUGGAGGCGGCGGCCCAGGCCGAGGACGCUGGCUCGAGGCUCGAGGGGGGCAGCGGCUCCACCUCCUCUUCCGGCUGCCACCCUGGGGGCGGGGCCGGGGCCGGCCCCUCCCCCGCCUCCUCCUCCCCCGCCACCGGGGGCGAGCGCAGCCUCAGCCCGGGCUCCCAGACGUCAGGCUUCUCGGGCUCCCUUUUCUCUCCCGCCUCGUGCUCCAUCCUCUCAGGCUCCUCCAACCAGCGGGAGACCGGGGGCCUCCUGUCGCCCAGCACACCGUUUGGUGCCUCGAACCUCCUGGUGAACCCCCUAGAGCCCCAAAACGCAGACAAGAUCAAGAUCAAGAUCGCAGACCUGGGCAACGCCUGCUGGGUGCACAAGCACUUCACGGAGGACAUCCAGACACGCCAGUACCGGGCCGUGGAAGUGCUGAUCGGAGCCGAGUACGGCCCCCCCGCCGAUAUCUGGAGCACGGCGUGCAUGGCCUUCGAGCUGGCCACCGGAGACUACCUAUUCGAGCCUCACUCUGGAGAAGACUACAGUCGUGACGAGGGUAGGGGGAGGCCGGCCCUGGGCUCAGCCUGGGGGCCUCCCGGCCGCCCAGCCACCGCCCAGCCUCCUCUCUGUCCACAGACCACAUCGCCCACAUCGUGGAGCUUCUGGGAGACAUCCCCCCAGCCUUCGCCCUCUCGGGCCGCUAUUCCCGGGAGUUCUUCAACCGGAGAGGAGAGCUGCGGCACAUCCACAACCUCAAGCACUGGGGCCUGUACGAGGUGCUCAUGGAGAAAUACGAGUGGCCCCUGGAGCAGGCCACGCAGUUCAGCGCCUUCCUGCUGCCCAUGAUGGAGUACAUCCCCGAGAAGCGGGCCAGCGCAGCCGACUGCCUCCGGCACCCUUGGCUCAACCCUUAAGCCCCACAGGCACUCUGUGCAGCUUGAGGCGUGCCUGCCCCCCCACCCCCUCCCAGUGCCUUCAGGGAAAGCCGGGCGGCUCCUGCCACCCUGCGAGCCACCCUUUGGGAGCUGCCCUCCUCCACCCUGCAGUGUACGAGCUCUCUCUCGGGCCCCGCGCCCCGAGGCAGGGCAGACAGAUGCUGGAGCCAGGCCCGCCAUUCAGCAUUUGUUCUGUCCCCAGCCCUCACAGAGGGGCCCCGGAUGGGAAGUGUGCGUGUUUCUUUUCUUAAUAAAGUGUGAACUGAAACGUCA